UUGAAACAGGAAAAGGGAGAGAGAUUUUGUGAAAACAGAGAAGCGGACAUAUCUUGAAACACAUGGCAGCGAUUUCUCCAUGGCUUUCUUCUCCUCAGAGCGUUUCGUCUCGUUAUAUUAAGAGCUUUACAGAUUCCAGAAGAUGUUCAUCAAUUCCUGUAGCAAUCUCAGCUCUAGACAGCUCCAACGAGGAACAACAUCGAAUUUCGUCUAGAGAUCAUGUGGGGAUUAAAAGAAGAGAAGCCAUGUUACAGAUAGCUUCCUCUGUUUUCUUCCUUCCAUUGGCCGUUUCACCUGCAUUUGCAGAGACAAAUGCAUCAGAAGCUUUCCGUGUGUACACAGAUGAAGCGAACAAAUUCGAGAUAUCAAUCCCACAAGAUUGGCAAGUCGGGCAAGCAGAACCUAAUGGAUUCAAGUCAAUCACAGCCUUUUACCCUCAGGAAACUUCAACUUCCAACGUGAGCAUAGCGAUCACUGGACUAGGUCCGGACUUCACCAGGAUGGAAUCUUUUGGAAAGGUCGAAGCUUUCGCUGAAACACUGGUCAGUGGAUUGGAUAGAAGUUGGCAAAAACCAGCAGGAGUGACUGCAAAGCUAAUCGAUAGCAGAUCUUCCAAGGGAUUCUAUUACAUCGAGUACACCUUACAAAACCCUGGAGAAGCUCGCAAGCAUCUGUACUCUGCAAUUGGAAUGGCAACAAACGGUUGGUACAACCGCUUAUACACUGUCACAGGACAGUUUACAGAUGAAGAAUCUGCUGAACAAAGCUCCAAGAUCCAAAAGACAGUCAAGUCUUUCAGAUUCAUCUGAGAAUGUUAUUCAUAUCUAUCAGCGGAACUAUAUUAUUGAAUUGAUCAAGCAAUUUGUUUACUGAACAAUCACUUUUUUCAAUGAAAUUCUGAGAAAAGAGCCAACUCCAUA